UCCAGCAGCAGCGGCGGUGGCAGGGCUGGGAGAGUGGCAGACCAGCCUACUUUAAUAGCUUGGUCAUGUGACUGGGAACAGUAGUAAGACAGGUGCCUUCAGUUGAGCCUCAGUAAGGGGCUAGUAGCCUGCAUGAGUGCAAGCCUCCCGUGUUGCCUGUGGAUUGUACUUCCAAAGGUUUACUGUCGUCAUUCAGGGACUGAAUGGCGUGGGACAUGUGCAACCAGGACUCUGUAUGGAGUGACAUAGAGUGUGCUGCUCUGGUUGGUGAAGACCAGCCCCUUUGCCCAGAUCUUCCAGAGCUGGAUCUUUCUGAACUCGAUGUGAACGAUUUGGAUGCAGACAGCUUUUUGGGUGGAUUAAAGUGGUACAGUGACCAAUCAGAAAACAUUUCCAAUCAAUACAGCAACGAGUCAUCAAACAUAUUUGAGAAAAUUGAGGAGGAGAAUGAAGAGAACCUGCUAGCAGUUCUUACAGAAACACUGGACAGUCUCCCUGUGGACGAGGAUGGAUUGCCUUCCUUCGAUGCACUGACAGAUGGAGAUGUGACCAGUGAACAUGAUCCCAGACUUUCAUCCCUGCCUGACGGCACCCCUCCAACACAGGAGGCAGAAGAGCCGUCACUACUUAAGAAGCUCUUACUGGCUCCAGCGAACACUCAGCUGAUUUAUAAUGAAUGUGUCGGACUCAGUGCACACAACCAUGCAAGCCCUAAUCAGAGGAUCAGAACAAGCUCUGCACCUGUUAAGAGCGAGAACUGUUGGAGCAAUAAACCCAGAAACAUUUGUCAACCGCAGAAGCCACAGAGGCGCCCCUGCUCGGAGCUCCUUAAGUACCUGACUGCAAAUGAUGACUCUCCUCAGACCAAAUCAACAGAGAGCAGGACGAAUAACAGACUUGACAAAUGCACCAAAAAGAAGCCCUGCUUGCAUCCUCUGCCACAUUUUCAAGCCAAGUCAACGAAUCUGUCCCUUCCUCUGACACCCGAGUCACCAAAUGACCCCAAGGGUUCCCCAUUUGAGAGCAAGACUAUUGAACGAACCUUAAGUGUGGAGCUCUCUGGAACUGCAGGACUAACUCCACCAACAACACCACCUCACAAAGCCAACCAAGAUAACCCAUUCAGGACUUCUACCAAGCCGAAGUCUUCUUGUAAGCCUGUUGUGCCCCCCGCUAAGAAAUCUCGCUACAUUGAGUCUUCCACUAUUCAAGUUAUUAACUCUAAAAAAGGUCCCGAACAAUCUGAACUGUAUGCACAGCUGAGCAAAACCUCCGUGGUCAUUGGACAAGAGGAGAAAAAAGUGAAGCGACCUAGUUUACGGCUUUUUGGUGACCAUGAUUACUGUCAGUUUAUGAAUUCAAAAUCAGAAAUACGUAUAAGCUUAACACAAGAAUUACAGGCCUCAAGACAACUUGAAUGUAAGGAUCCUCUGCCUGGGAAAAAAGUACAGAUCUAUUCAACUAAAAAACAGGAGAACCUGAAAGACAGUUUUGAGUUGGCGAUGCCAAGUCCUCAGAAUGGCAAUAGGAAGCCACUGCAAGACCAAGAGAUCCGUGCAGAACUUAAUAAGCACUUUGGUGACCCAACACAAGCAGUCUAUGAGGAAGAGAACAAAAAUGGUGAUGCAAGGAGCAAUGAUUACAGUGUUGAUCAAUUCUCUAGACUACCUAUGUUUUUAACCUCUGGACUGGGUAUGGAUAAUUUGUUUGAUGAAAGCGAAGAUGAAAAUGACAAACUGUGCUAUUCCUGGGAUGGAAUACAAUCCUAUUCAUUGUUUGACGUAUCACCUUCCUGCUCAACUUUCAAUUCUCCAAGCAGAUAUUCUGUUUCCCCACCAACAUCCCUUUUAUCGCAAAGGAUAUGUUCUCGGUCGAGAUCUAGAUCUUAUUCUCAAAACAGAUCAUGUUCUCAGUCUCCAUAUUCACGUUCAAGAUCAAGAUCUCCAUCCAGCAGAUCUUCUUCAGGGUCAUGCUGCUGCUAUGAUACUGAUCAUUGUAGACCCAACAAUUCUGCAGUCUGUGCACGAUCACGGUCAAGAUCCCCAUACAAUCGUAGGCCCAGAUACGACAGUUAUGAGGAAUACCAACAUGAGCGGCUGAAGAGGGAGGAAUACCGCAAAGAGUAUGAGAAACGUGAAUCAGAGCGAGCCAAACAAAGGGAACGGCAAAGGCAAAAAGCAGUUGAGGAACAUAGAGUUCUCUACGUCGGUAAGAUGAGAACGAACAUGACCCGUAGUGAACUGCGAGCCCGUUUUGAAGUUUUUGGUGAAAUUGAAGAAUCUACAGUCAAUCUGCGGGAUGACGGAGACUGUUACGGUUUCAUCACCUACCGCUACACCUGUGACGCAUUUGCUGCUCUUGAAAAUGGAUAUACUCUGCGCAGGUCAAAUGAACACGACUUUGAGCUAUGCUUUUGCGAACGAAAGCAGUUUUGCAAGUCCAACUAUGCAGAUUUAGAUUCAAAUUCAGAUGACUUCGAUCCUGCUUCCACCAAAAGCAAAUAUGACUCCAUGGAUUUUGACAGUUUGCUUAAAGAGGCACAAAGGAGCCUGCGUAGGUAACAUGCAUGUCUGCCACACCCAACGGAACGAUGGAGAAUACCUCACAGACUUGAUGUCCUCCAAUAAGAGACCCUUGAAAGGCAACCUUAGGAAUUUCUCCUACUUUACACUCUCCAUUUCUCAAUGGUUUACAUGAACACAGCUGCUGAAGACUAAAGAGGCAAUGUGAUUGUCAGAGAAACACAAAUACCUAUAUGCGUGUCAGAUAUUUCCUCACUCUUCAUGGAUGUCACAGUUAUACUGCUCCAACUAGAGACGGUAUGCUUCUCAUUGGAAGCAAAAGUGCCAGCCAUCUGCUAAAGCUCCUCAAAUUCAUUUACAGAAAAACUGAUUGAUUUGGAAUAAUAUAAAAUCAAGAAAUCUAUAUGUAUUGUAUUAAAUCAAAGGAAUUUUCCAAGAAAAUCAGAGGAAUCGUAUGCUGCUGAUGCUCAACCCCAAUGCAAUCUUCACUUUUGUCUGAUUUCAAUCAUUGCCCUGAUGAAAAAAACAAACAAAAAUAUUGCAAUAUAGAUGACGCCUUAGUAACUUUUUUUUUAUUGGGAACCUGGUGAAGAAAUCAAGGAAGCAGAAUUUUUUGUAGUAUCCGCGAGUCUGUAUUUCUGUCUUUUACUUCAGUCUUUCGGUUCUGACACCCAUGCAAUUUCCAUCGAUGUUGACGCUCAACAUCAGAAGCCUUGUAAAUGGUCAAAUUCAGAGCUUGUUCAGCAACGUAUAUAUAUAUAUAUAUAUAUAUAUGUUUAUGUAUUUAUAUAUAAAUAUAUAUAUAUUUAUUAUAUACACUAUUUUCUGAUGAGUGGAUGUGGUGUUACAUAAUAAACUGAGUUGAGUGAAACUUUCUGAAACCGUGUCCAGGUAGUUUGUAUCAUUGUAAUAUGUACUAGUCAAGUAUUUACAGAUGUCACCCGUUUUUCUGCCAGUGAAGGGAGCACAGGCCUGCUCUGCCUUGCCCCCAUCCCUGGCAGAGGAGCGGUUUGAUGGAGUAUUUUUAUUUUAUGUACAUAGAGUAUGACAAUGUCCUUUAUUUGUUACCGCUAUGCACUGUAAAUGCAGCCUUCUUUUAAAUAUGGAAAUUGUUUUUUCUUAAAAAAAAAAAAUCGAAGAUAUUCAAAAAUGUAAACUGUACAAAGU